AUGGCGUCCCACAAAGCAGACGCGAGUUCCUUUCUCGACAACCGAGGCUACACUGGCCCCCUUGUCCGCGGUGUGAAUCCAGUUACCCUGUUCGAAAAAGCCGUACGCGACCGAAUCACAGAUUCAUACUACUGGAAAGAGCAAUGCUUCGGUCUCAACGCUGCCACGCUAUGCGAUCGCGCAAUCGAACUGACGUCGAUCGGCGGAACGUAUGGAUUAUCACAGAAACCAACACCAUUCCUAUGUCUGGCCUUCAAGAUGCUUCAGUUAGCGCCCGAAAAAGACAUCGUUCUUGAAUACCUGAAUUUUACCGAUCCAGGAAGCGGCGAUGAUGAAAACCCGGAAGAUGCAGAAAUUAACGGAGAAGUGGUUAAAGGGAGGGGUGACUUCAAGUAUUUACGAGCUCUCGCCGCAUUUUAUAUCCGUCUUACCUUCGAAGCCGCUGAGAUUUACAAAUACCUCGAACCGCUCCUGCUGGAUUACAGGAAACUGAAGCGAAGGAUGCGCGAAAAUUACGUUCUUACUAAUAUGGAUCAAUUCAUUGAUGAUUUACUUACGAAGGAUCGAGUGUGCGCAACGAGUUUAUGGAAGCUGCCUUCUCGACAGAUGUUGGAAGAUCUGGACUUAUUGGAAGAAAGAGUGAGCCCAUUGGCCGAUGAGUUGGAAGAACUAGAUCGAGAGAGCGAGGCAAGCUACCAUAGCCGACAAGAUGAUGAUAGCGAUCGCGGUUCGGAUGUUAUGCGAGAGGAAUGA